GGAGACCUAAGAUGGAGGAGGAACAAGAGUGAAGGAAGCCAGCUGGUACUUCCUGGAGGUGGCCAGACUGAAUCUCAGACUAUGAACAAACGCUGUAGAAGAGCCACCAGGGUUGCUGUGCUCCAGCCUCUUGUCACAGGAACUAUCAGCCUUCAGGGACCCAGACAUGAAAGGAGAGUAGCAGAUGGACAGGCGGUGGCUGUCGGGCGCUUGGAGAGGACCCAGCUGGGGACCAUGGACAUUGAAGCAUACUUUGAAAGAAUUGGUUACCAGAAGUCCAGCAACAAACUGGACUUGCAGACAUUAACUGAAAUCCUUCAGCAUCAGAUACGGGCUAUUCCUUUUGAGAACUUGAACAUCCAUUGUGGGAAAACCAUGGAACUGAGCUUAGAGGACACCUUUCAUCAAAUUGUGAGGAAGAAGCGGGGAGGGUGGUGUCUUCAAGUCAACCAUAUUCUCUACUGGGCUCUGACCAUGAUAGGGUUUGAGGCCACAAUGUUAGGAGGACGUGUUUAUGUCCCUUCAGCCUGCAAGUAUAGUAACACUAUGAUACACCUUCUACUACAGGUGACCAUUAGUGGCAAAACAUACAUUGUAGAUAGUGCAUUCCCAUUUUCCUGCCAGCUAUGGGAGCCUCUGGAGUUGACAUCUGGGAAGGAUCAGCCUCAGGUUCCUGCCAUCUUCCACCUGACAGAAGAGAAUGGAACCUGGUACCUGGAACAAACUAAAAGACAAGAAUAUGUUCCAAACCAAGAAUUCAUUGAUUCUAAUUUUCUUGAGAAGAACACACAUCGAAAAAUAUAUUCUUUUACUCUUGAACCACGAACGAUUGAAGAUUUCCAGAGUAUAAGUACAUACUACCAGGUAUCUCCAUCUGUGAUGACAAACACAUCACUUUGUUCCCUACAUACCCAAGACGGAGUCCAUGGUUUAAUGGGCACCAUUCUUGCCUAUAAGAAGUUCAAUUAUAAGGACAAUAUAGAUCUGGUAGAGUUUAAGAUUCUGAAGGAAGAAGAAAUAGAAGAAGUCCUGAAGCGUGUUUUUGGAAUUCACUUGGAGACAAAGCUUGUGCCCAAAUGUGGUAAUGUCCUUUUUACUAUUUAGAGUAAUAAGGGGAAAUGAUCUUUAAUGUUUCUAUAUGCACUUAUUCUUUCAUGUAAAACAAUCAAAUUAUGCAAAUUAGGUGACAGACUAAGAAGCCUUGAGAUAUCAUCACAAAGUUCAUCAAUGAUCGACUGGUAUAUCAACAUCUGUCCCCUACAUUAUGAUAAGAAAAUCAUAGACAUCAAAUAGCUCUUUCUGCAAAAUUAACCAUUUAUGUAACUAAAUGACUUUUAAAGAAAUGUGCCAUUAAAAAUGUAAUCACAAUAAAAUUGUUUUAAUGAUG